AUGAGCCAUCAUUCAGCUUUUCUUCGGUCGCAUCAUGCCAAAAUUACGAAUUCAAAUAAUAUACCUUCAUCAUCAAACAAUGAAAAUGAUGAAAAUUCUACAAUCAAAAAUCUAAUAUUCAAACAUAUAUCUAAAGCACAACAAUCAUCAAUGAAUAUCAAUAGUAAUAAAGGAACAAUGCGUGGUAUUCUUGGCGAAGUUGGCAACAUGACGUUAUCGAAUAAACCUAUUAUUUCGAAACCGAAAAUAAUUCAACAACAUAGUUCAAUAGCAACAAUAAUUGAAUCAAAAUCAAUUGUUAAUAUACUACCACCAGCGCCACCACCAUCGAUAACAAUAACAGAUGAGGAUAAUCAAAUAGAAGAAAUUAUUUUGGAUGAUGAUGAUGAAGACGAAUAUAUAACUGAAACGCCAGCUGAAUUUGAUUGCGAUAGUGGUGAUCUCUAUAAUAUAACAACUGUUUCUGAAUUUGUUGUUGAUAUUUGUAAAUAUUGGAGAGAAUUGGAACAUCAUACACCUAUACGACAAAAUUUUUUACUUAAUCGUCGUGAAGGUACAGCUUCGCCUCAGAAUCGUGCUGUACUUAUUGAUUGGCUCUAUCAAGUACAUGAUCGAUUUAAACUUCUUUCAGAUACAUUUCAUAUGGCAAUUAAUUUUAUUGAUCGUUAUUUACAAGUAGUGGAUGUAUCAAAACAUGAAUUACAACUUAUUGGAUCGGCUGCAUUAUUAUUAGCUUGUAAGUAUGAAGAAAUGACAAUUCCUGGUAUGAAUGAUUUUGUUUAUGUAUCUGAUAAUGCAUAUUCAAAAGAAGAUAUGAAAGAAAUGGAACGACGUAUUAUAUCAACAUUAUCAUAUGAUCUUGGUCGUCCAUUAUCAAUAAAUUAUCUUCGUCGUUAUUCAAAAAUAAUUCAAGCAACUGAUCUUGAACAUACAUUAGGAAAAUAUCUUCUUGAUUUAACAUUUAUUGAUCAUACAUGUUCUCAUAUACUUCCAUCAUAUAUAUCAGCAUGUGCUUCAUUUCUUUCACGAUAUUUACUUACAUACAAACGUAUUACAUCUUCAACAUCAAUUCCAUUAUUAAUUGAACAUUUAUGGCCAAGUAAAUUUAUGUUAUAUCAUACUGGUUAUACAUAUGAACAACUUCGUCAAGGUAUCGAACAAUUAGGACAAUUACUUAUUGGACAAGAUACAACAAAAUUAAAAAGUGUACAAAAGAAAUUCUCUCAAAGUAAUAUGUUUUCAAUAGCACAACAUAGUUGUUGUAAAAGUGCGUAUGUUCAAAUAGCACUUACACGUUUACCAAAAUAA